GAGAAGAAGAGGAGGCAAAAGCACACAACGGAAAGAGAGUAAAGAACCCAAAUUCAAAGUUGAAACCCAAACCCCAACAAACCCCAAAUCCCACCCUACAAACAAACAAAGAAACAACUCCCCCGUCCCCCUCCCUUGCCUUCAGUCGCUCACUCGCUCGCUGCACGCUACCACUGCUUCAUUUUCAAGCUGUCUUUAUUUCCCUCCCCCCUCUCUAUCUUUUCCUAAUUAAUAUAAAUUAAUAACACACACCCUUUCCUUCUCAUCAACACAACACUGUUCUCCUCUCUCUCUCUCUAGAAUCUUUCUCUCUCCUAGGGUUUGGGUGUUUCCUCAUCUCUCUCUUCACUCCCUUGCCCUCUAGGGUUUAUCCGACUGUGCUUGAUCGUCCUCCCUCGUCUCUAUCUCACGCACUUGGCCAUGGCGGCCGAGAAGCUUAGGGACUUGAGCCAACCGAUUGACGUCGGCUUGCUCGAUGCCACCGUCGCUGCCUUCUACGGCACCGGAUCUAAGGAGGAGAGGACAGCUGCAGACCAUAUAUUGCGGGACUUGCAGAACAAUCCGGAUAUGUGGCUCCAAGUUGUGCACAUUUUACAGAGCGCUAAGAACCUAAACACCAAGUUCUUUGCCUUGCAGGUCCUAGAAGGGGUUAUCAAGUAUAGGUGGAAUGCAUUACCUGUUGAACAGCGAGAUGGAAUGAAAAAUUAUAUCUCUGACGUCAUUGUUCAGCUAUCAAGUAAUGAGGCCUCUUUUCGAAUGGAGAGACUGUAUGUCAACAAACUCAAUAUUAUAUUGGUUCAGAUUUUGAAGCAUGAUUGGCCCGCUAGAUGGCAAAGCUUUAUACCGGAUCUCGUUUCAGCAGCUAAAACUAGUGAAACAAUUUGUGAGAAUUGUAUGGCCAUAUUGAAACUUUUAAGUGAAGAGGUUUUUGACUUCUCAAGGGGGGAAAUGACUCAGCUGAAGAUUAAAGAGCUUAAACAAUCAUUGAACAGUGAGUUUCAACUCAUUCAUGAGUUAUGCCUUUAUGUACUAUCAGCGUCUCAAAGAGCCGAACUCAUACGUGCAACGUUAUCCACAUUGCAUGCUUUCCUCUCGUGGAUUCCCUUGGGUUAUAUAUUUGAGUCCCCUUUGCUUGAAACCCUUCUAAAAUUUUUUCCAAUGCCUUCUUACCGGAAUCUCACCAUUCAGUGUUUAACGGAGGUUGCAGCACUUAGUUUUGGUGAAUUCUACAAUGCACAGUAUGUUAAGAUGUAUAAUAUAUUCAUGGUCCAGUUACAGACUAUUCUCCCACCUACCACAAACAUCCCUCAAGCUUAUGCAAAUGGAUCUAGCGAUGAACAGGCAUUCAUUCAGAACUUGGCACUGUUUCUCACUUCGUUUAACAAGUCACAUAUUCGUGUGCUUGAAACCACACAAGAGAAUAUAGCUGCAUUGCUGAUGGGUCUUGAAUAUCUAAUAAACAUCUCAUAUGUGGAUGACACUGAAGUUUUUAAGGUUUGCUUAGACUAUUGGAAUUCCUUGGUUUUGGAAUUGUUUGAGGCACAUCAUAAUUUGGAUAACCCUGCAGCAACUGCAAAUAUGAUGGGGCUGCAGAUGAAUUUGCUUCCUAGUAUGGUUGAUGGCCUUGGCUCACAGAUUAUGCAAAGGCGGCAAAUAUAUGCCAGUAUUAUGUCAAAGUUGAGGUUGCUCAUGAUCUGUCGAAUGGCUAAGCCAGAAGAGGUUCUCAUUGUUGAAGAUGAGAAUGGGAACAUUGUUCGUGAGACCUUGAAGGACAAUGAUGUUCUUGUUCAAUAUAAGAUCAUGAGGGAGACACUGAUCUAUUUGUCACACCUUGACCAUGAGGACACUGAGAAGCAGAUGCUAAAGAAAUUAAGCAAGCAACUCAGUGGUGAGGAUUGGGCAUGGAACAACUUAAACACCUUAUGCUGGGCAAUAGGGUCCAUAUCUGGUUCCAUGAUGGAAGAACAGGAAAAUAGAUUUUUGGUGAUGGUCAUACGCGACUUGCUGAAUUUAUGUGAAAUCAUAAAAGGGAAAGAUAACAAAGCAGUUAUUGCUAGCAACAUUAUGUAUGUUGUUGGACAAUACCCAAGGUUUUUAAGAGCUCAUUGGAAGUUCUUAAAGACUGUUGUGAAUAAGUUGUUUGAGUUUAUGCAUGAAACCCAUCCCGGAGUUCAGGAUAUGGCCUGUGACACAUUCCUGAAAAUUGUUCAGAAGUGCAAGCGUAAAUUUGUUAUUGUACAGCUUGGAGAAAAUGAACCAUUUGUGUCUGAACUCCUGACAGGCCUGCCAACAACUGUUGCCGAUCUUGAGCCUCACCAGAUUCAUACUUUUUAUGAAGCUGUUGGUAAUAUGAUUCAAGCAGAAUCUGAUCCUCAAAAGCGGGAUGAAUAUCUACAGAGAUUGAUGAAUCUCCCAAAUCAGAAAUGGGCAGAGAUUAUAGGGCAAGCGCGCUUGAGUGUAGAUUUCCUCAAGGAUCAGGAGGUUAUUCGCACUGUGCUUAAUAUAUUACAGACAAAUACUAGUGUUGCCAGCUCCCUUGGAACGUUUUUCCUGAGUCAGAUUUCAUUGAUCUUUCUGGACAUGCUUAAUGUUUACAGGAUGUACAGUGAGCUCGUAUCUAGUAGCAUUGCAGAAGGGGGCCCCUUCGCUUCUAAGACAUCCUAUGUGAAACUUCUACGGUCAGUAAAGAGGGAGACUCUCAAGCUGAUUGAGACAUUCUUGGACAAGGCCGAAGACCAAGCACAUAUAGGAAAACAAAUUGUUCCUCCAAUGUUGGAUCCGGUUCUUGGUGACUAUGCCAGGAAUUUGCCUGAUGCUAGAGAGUCAGAGGUUUUGUCACUUUUUGCCACAAUUAUAAAUAAGUACAAGGGUGCAAUGAUAGAUGAUGUGCCUCGAAUAUUUGAAGCUGUUUUCCAGUGCACAUUGGAGAUGAUUACCAAAAAUUUUGAAGAUUACCCAGAGCAUCGCCUGAAGUUCUUCUCUUUACUUCGUGCCAUUGCUGCUCAUUGUUUUCCUGCAUUGAUUCGGUUAUCAAGUCCGCAACUAAAGCUUGUAAUGGAUUCAAUUAUAUGGGCGUUUCGGCACACAGAAAGAAACAUUGCGGAAACAGGGCUGAACCUGUUGCUGGAGAUGCUGAAGAACUUUCAGAAGUCGGAGUUCUGUAAUCAAUUUUACCGUACAUACUUUUUGACAAUCGAACAAGAAAUCUUUGCUGUCUUGACGGACACGUUUCAUAAGCCUGGGUUCAAGUUGCAUGUCUUGGUGCUCCAACAUUUAUUUUGCCUGGUGGAAAGUGGUACGUUGACGGAGCCUCUGUGGGAUAUUGCAGCGGUUCCUUAUCCAUAUCCCAAUAAUGGAAUUUUUGUUCGUGAGUAUACGAUCAAGCUUUUGAGUACUUCAUUCCCGAACAUGACUGGAACAGAGGUCACUCAAUUUGUGAGUGGACUAUUUGACUCGAGGACUGACCUAUCCACAUUUAAGAAUCACAUCCGAGAUUUUCUAGUGCAAUCCAAAGAAUUUUCUGCACAGGACAACAAAGAUCUCUAUGCAGAGGAGGCUGCUGCACAGAGGGAGAAAGAUCGGCAACGAAUGCUUUCUAUUCCAGGGCUCAUUGCCCCCAAUGAGAUACAGGAUGAAAUGGUUGAUUCCUAGGUGGCUAAUUCUAAUGUUGAGGCUAAUUUCAUGGACGACUGAUGGAGAUGCAAUGGGUGCCUUGAUUCAAUCAUCGGAAUCUGCCAAUGCAACAGCAUUUUUUUCCCUGAUUAGUUUCCGUUUUGUUUCAUAGUUGAAAUUAGUAAAAUCACAAAGGCUCCUGUAGCCUGCUGGCUGCACUGUUGCCUUUUAAGUCUAUUGGAUGGGUGUAGAUUAUUUAGGUGCUGAUUUAGGGAGGGAGUAUAUUUUGAGUCAUUUAAGGGUUUUGCUGGAUCCAAAUUGAUCUUUGUAGUUUGAACUCGCCAGAUGGGAUGCAAUCUGUUUCAAUGACUCUAUGCUAGUAUCGAUGAUUCAUCUUAGGUGUAAUUUAAUACUAACCUCGCUGGGUUGUGUAGAAAUUCCCUGUUCUUUUAUUUUUUGGUCUGGUUUUUAUAGGAUGUGUUGUCUCAUUGCGUUAGUGAAGGGCGCCGAUUUU